AUGAGUGCCAGCGGCCAUUGCAUGGCACCCCGGACCACAUGUGUCACCAAGGCAUCUAAUAUAAAUAAAGCCGCACCCUCCACGCCUGCGCCCUCCACGCCUGCGCCCUCCACGCCUGCACCCUCCACGCCUGCACCCUCCACGCCUGCACCUCACCACGGCUGCACCCCACCACGGCUGCACCCCACCACGGCUGCACCCACCACGCCUGCACCCUCCACGCCUGCACCUCACCACGGCUGCACCCUCCACGCCUGCACCCUCCACGCCUGCACCCUCCACGCCUGCACCCUCCACGCCUGCACCCACCGCGGCUGCACCCCACCGCGGCUGCACCCCACCGCGGCUGCACCCCACCGCGGCUGCACCCCACCGCGGCUGCACCCCACCGCGGCUGCACCCCACCGCGGCUGCACCCCACCGCGGCUGCACCCCACCGCGGCUGCACCCCACCGCGGCUGCACCCCACCGCGGCUGCACCCCACCGCGGCUGCACCCCACCGCGGCUGCACCCCACCGCGGCUGCACCCCACCGCGGCUGCACCCCACCGCGGCUGCACCCCACCGCGGCUGCACCCCACCGCGGCUGCACCCCACCGCGGCUGCACCCCACCGCGGCUGCACCCCACCGCGGCUGCACCCCACCACGGCUGCACCCCACCACGGCUGCACCCCACCACGGCUGCACCCCAACACGGCUGCACCCCAACACGGCUGCACCCCAACACGGAUGCACCCCAACACGGAUGCACACACCACGGCUGCACCACACCACGGCUGCACCACACCACGGAUGCUCACGCCACUGAUGCUCACGCCACGGAUGCUCACGCCACGGAUGCUCACGCCACAGAUGCACCACACCACGGCUGCACCACACCACGGCUGCACCACACCACGGCUGCACCACACCACGGCUGCACCACACCACGGCUGCACCACACCACGGCUGCACCACACCACGGCUGCACCACACCACGGCUGCACCACACCACGCCUGCUCACACCAUGGAUGCUAACACCACGGCUGCACCACACCACGGCUGGUCACACCAUGGAUGCUUACACCAUGGCUGCACCACACCACGGCUGCUCACACCACGGCUGCUCACACCACGGCUGCUCACACUGCUGCACCACACCACAGCUGCUCACACCACGGCUGCACCACACCACGGCUGCACCACACCAUGGAUGCUUACGCCACGGCUGCUCACAUCACGGCUGCACCACACCACGGCUGCUCACACCACGGCUGCUCACAUCACAGCUGCACCACAUCACGGCUGCUCACAGCACGGCUGCUCACACAGCUGCACCACACCACGGCUGCUCACACCACGGCUGCACCACACCACGGCUGCACCACACCACGGCUGCACCACACCACGGCUGCACCACACCACGGCUGCACCACACCACGGCUGCAUCACACCACGGCUGCAUCACACCACGGCUGCACCACACCAUGGAUGCACCACACCACGGAUGCUCACACCACGCCUGCUCACACCAUGGAUGCUCACACCACGGCUGCACCACACCACGGCUGCACCACACCAUGGAUGCUCACAAGACGGCUGCACCACACCACGGCUGCACCACACCACGGCUGCACCACACACCGGCUGA